AGAUUAAACCACUGUGAACUGCAAAUGAAUUUAAAUUUUCUGAAUGCGAUGCUUAACAACUGCACAAGACUCUCGGAACUGAAGUAAGUGGGAUGUAAAGAUUUGUGUUUUCGCUGAAUUUGACGUGCGAACUGCCUAUCACACAGAGGCUCAUUUUCCAUUUCUACGAAUUGUUGUUCUGAACAAUGGGGAACAGCAGAGCAUCUCCAUGGAGACAUGACUGCACAUGUAUUAUAGCAGAAGCACAGCCAAUCACUGCAGAAGUUGUGGUCCGUCAGACUCCGUCUGCAUAUUGGCUCAGAUCAGCCAUGAUGUGACCUUCGCUUAUGUUAGGUGAAAUGUCUUGUGUGAAAUGGUAGCAAAAGAAUAAAAUAUCACUGUAAAUAUAAAAUCAAUUCUUACACAAUGUUUAACUUAUUUUUUCUUUCUCAUUCAUAAUUUUAUUGAUUUUUUUUCCCCCCACCAGUAAAACAUAAUUGACAUAACAUACAGUAUAAAGCUUAAGAAAACCUACCCCCUUACAUCCCCCUCCCCCAAUAAUAUAGAACACAAUGGGGAAGAUAUUUGAAGUGUUGCUGGCAGCUUUGCACCUUUUUCUUUUUUUUUAUUAAAUCUGUCUGUUUUGUAUUUUGUUUUUUUGGGGGGUUUUUUGUUCCAUAAACAUAAUUUUUAAAUAUACACCAUUUUUUGAGACAUUUAUCAAUAUUUUCAUAAUUUGUUCUGAUAGAAAAGUGUUCUGUUUCACUUCUCUUUUUUCCACCACUCUAGACCACUUUUCCCACCACUCUAGAAAUGGAUAUUUCUGUGAGAAAUGGAGGAAUUUAUGUAGCGAAAAGUCAACACUUUUUAGACCACUUUAGAUACAAACAGAUAUAGAGACUGAAAAUCAAAAAUACUCUCCAGAAUACUUUGAUACAUCUACACCAAUUCACUCAUGGUUUUUAAUGUUAACAAGACAAUGUGAGAUCACUGUGAGAUCAAUGUAGAGUUGUCUUGCAAACACCUAAUUUCGACCAAAGUUACACCCUUUGUCAAGUUUUAUCAACCUGCUGGUUAUACAUUAGGAAAAGUAGUCCCUUCUUUUGUAUAUGUAUGUUUAAUUUUGCAAAAAAUAAUUAUUUGAGGGGAAAACGAAAACAAAACCGGCACACCAAGUGACAAAGCCGCUUAUUAUUUUAAUCUUUUCACAUUGUCUUACAGAAAUAUGGAGGACAACUAUUUAAAGAACUAUGGCACCCAAUUUAAUCGUUUUUGGCUAAGCUUUUCAAAUUAUUUCAUAUUGUUGGAUACAUUUUUAAGAUUACUUAAUAGUUUGAAAAAAGAAUAAAUAUAUAUAUAAUUCUUUAUUUUGGUGGGUAAAAGAGAAUAUCACAAAGGCAAUUGCAGAACAUCAGUUACGCAAUCAAAAUGGACAUAUAUGCAGUUGCACCCAAUUUUCAAUAAGAUAAUACAAAAGUACGAGUGAAAUCAAACGUAAUUGCUAGGAGCCCUUAAUUACAAUCAAAAUGGUAAUAUGGCAUAGUAAGAGGAUGAGUAAAAGGAUGGCUAAACAUAGGGCUCAGCAUGGGGAGGAAAGUAUCCCUAACCAAGGGGGCAGCUGGAGGUAAGAGGUCUGCAAUAUUGUUAAAGACAGUAUAAAGUACAUAGAACUAGCACCAAUAUGAGCCAAUACAAGAGAGUCAUAUAUGGCCCUUUUUCCCAUAUGCAGAACAAUUCCCAGCAUGGGAAUAACAAAGUUAUAGCAAUUUAAAAGUAACAUAUAUGAAAGAAAAACAAUCUGCAUUGACAUGGAUCAGGUUGUGGAACAAAUGAUACUACUCCUCUCAAGACCCUUAGAUUCUUAGUGGUAAGUCUUCCAAAGCCAGUAGAUGAGACCUACAGACUGUGAGAAAGACUUGCACUUCUUAUGGAGAUGUGAAUGCAUGAAACGUCCCAUCCCUUGACACUGACAAAGACCGUAGAGCAGGCCAGCUUCCUGUAAUUUCUUUGUGAUGGCACUCAAGGAACUUGAUCUUGGCGGGUCAUGAUAGAAGGUGAGGUUAUUGUCUUCGAGGACAUAUGUAGUCUUUACUUGUACUGCUGUCAUUAUGCAUUGCUUGUCUUGGAAUAUUUGACACCUGAGUAUGACAUUUCGAGUGACUGUUGUAGGUGCAUUUGGGUACUUACUCAUAUGAUGUACCCCAUCUAGAGCAAGAUUGGCAAGAUUAGGAGGAAGGAUGGAUGCUAUGAGGCGCCUCAUGUAGUGUGGGGGCUAGUCAAUGUUAAUUUCAUCCGGAAUGCCUCUAAAUGUUAUGUUCUUCUGUCUUCUUUGUUCCUCCAUCAUGUUUACUCUAAAUGUAAAUGUUUAAAAUGUGGAGAUUGUAACUGUCAUAUGGCUUCUUUCACAAAAGACAUACCAUGGUGGAGGUCAAUGAUGUCUUUCUCUGUGGCCUUUAGCCAGUCUGUCGCCACCUGCAUGUCUGCUUUUAUUAACCCCAGCUCUGCCUGGAACAAUUUCUGUAUAUCUAUUAGUAAGUUCUGAAUAUCCUGCUUUGUGGCUAUGUCUAGUGGAGUUGGCAUAGGUACUUCUCCAUGAAAAUCCUGAACAGACUAGGCAUGACGCCCUACCACAUUCCUGCCAUUUUAGCAGACGAGUGGUUUUGAAAAAGUGUACCAAUAUUUUGGUUAUCAGCCUGGGUCUUUGUAUGUGGCCUUUUUCAUCCCAUCUGUGCAGCUGGUAUGACAGUACUAGCCAGGAUUGCAAGUGAUGGUAGUUUUAUUCCACUAGGUUCUCCUCUUGCGGAACAUGUGGUUCUUUUAAGUUUUGAGGUGAGUUAGGCCCCAGAGAUUGAACGAUGCUUUUUGUGUGCUGGAGUUAAAAGGAACGACAUCUGGUCAGAGAUAAGCGUGUCAGCUAGUCGAGGAGUUGCAGACUAAAGCUAUUUGAGCUGCUCAUUAUGUUGUCUUGUCGGCAUCGGUGCCAGGCUCCGUCCCCUUUGAAAAAUAUUUUAAUAUUGUAACAUUUUGAUAUUUUUUUAUAUAAAUAUAUAUUUGAUAGAUAUUUUGUAAAAAAUUUUUUUUUAAAAGUUUAUCCAAAACUCCAAUACCUUAAAAAGUGUAUCCAAAUUUUUAAAUAAUUUUAAAAGCUUAUCCAAAAAUAUUAAAUCGGGGUCUAUAUGUGUGCUUUAAAUAAACAGUUAGGGUGGGUCUAAUCAAAACUAGCCUGCUACUAAUAUAGGACUUAAUUUAAUACGUUUUCCAAAUUAUUCCAAUCUGUUACAUUUACCUACAGAAAUCACCAUUAGAGUCUGGUAGAAUGUUUGUAGUUAAAUCAUUUGGAAACAGAUUGGAAGCAUUUAGAAAGUUUAUUAAAUCCAGGUCAUAGAUCGCUAUGAAACAAUGACUUGAUAUUGAGAUGUGUCCUCCUUAUCACGUGUUCACAGUUUAUCUAACAACUCGCUGGGUGAUGCUGGAAUCCGUGAUUUGGCAAAAGUGCUUCCGUCUCUUGUUGCCCUUCGGACACUUGAGUAAGUAACACAUGUAUUUAUGUCUUUUGCUAUUAUCUUUAAUGUCAACAUAUUCUGUAGUAAUGUAGAGCAAUAAAGCAUGCGUAGAGGACUAACAAACCCAAAACGGGUGUUGGGUGCAGUGUCCUAGGAUUCUCCAUUGUUUCUUAAUACAAUGCAAGUAGUGUGCCAUUUUACUAGAUAUACUGAUGGAAAAGGUUUAUUCCACCACUGUGAAUGUGGACUUUACAACGUUUUGACUCCAGCUUUGUCAUGCCAUAAAAAUAUCUUUAAAUAGGUUGAAACCUUACCAGAUGCGCCUUCACUGCACCGCAAUAAACUCUUUUUAUAACAGUAAGUCUGGUGCUGUAACUCUUAUUGUCCAUUUCUGUCAUUUUGUAAAGUGCAACGGGUCUGCCCAUGAAAAAAGUAGUUUACUUACAGUGCUGAGUGGGUCUCGUCGCGGCUGGCCCUGCUCACACUGUGCCUUGGCUGAGAUCAUCAAUCUUUUCCUCAUAGGAAAGCAUUGGGAGGCUAUUGAGUCUGUGCGGCAAAACACCACGCUGCACCAAUCAGCAUGUCCUAAUAGAGAUGCAUUGAACCAAUGCACCUCUAUGAGGAACAUUCAGCGCCUUCAUGCACAGCGUAGAAUAGCUCAAUGUCAGUGCUGCCCAUUUUGCGGUACUGACCCAGGAAUCACCCACAGUUAAUGGAACUCGCUAGCUUUCUGUAAAAUAUGUUCUAAAAUUAUUAAACUAUACGAGAUGGAGAACAUCUCAGUGACCCACACUGUCUUCUCAUUAGAAAACAAAAGUAUCCCAUGUUAUUCAGAUUAAAAGUGUGAUACCCAGAGCGCACAAUGAUUGUCAUUGGUAGGAGAGCAGCUAAGAACUGAUCUGAACCUCUAGAACUGAUUGUGCUAAUGCAUGCUUACAUGUUUUCAUGUUUUUUUAGGAUUGAAGGAGUAAGCAUGUCACAUGUUGGAGUGUCACAAAUUACAGAGAGCGUGGGAAACUGCAAUACAAUAAUAAAUAUCAAGUGAGUGGGCAUUAUGCAGUCCCUGUGAGUACCACUGUCUUUAAAACUAAGUUUAAUAUGGAAGGUGGUCUUUAUGGUUAGCAUCUAAAUAUUUUGGGGCAAAACAGAAUAUUUGUCUCCAUGUGUCUCAUUCCCUCCCUAGCACCUCCAUGUGUCUCAUUCCCUCCCUAGCCCCUCCAUGUGUCUCAUUCCCUCCCUAGCACCUCCAUGUGUCUCAUUCCCUCCCUAGCACCUCCAUGUGUCUCAUUCCCUCCCUAGCACCUCCAUGUGUCUCAUUCCCUCCCUAGCACCUCCAGGUGUCUCAUUCCCGCCCUGGCACCUCCAUGUGUCUCAUUCCCUCCCUAGCCCCUCCAUGUGUCUCAUUCCCUCCCUAGCACCUCCAUGUGUCUCAUUCCCUCCCUAGCACCUCCAUGUGUCUCAUUCCCUCCCUAGCACCUCCAGGUGUCUCAUUCCCGCCCUGGCACCUCCAUGUGUCUCAUUCCCUCCCUAGCCCCUCCAUGUGUCUCAUUCCCUCCCUAGCACCUCCAUGUGUCUCAUUCCCAAACAAACAGCCAACAUUUUUGCGGCACUUGGACACAGUACCGCGGCUCUCCGCGCAGCAGCCUGCGGGAGGCUCCAUCUGAAAUUCAUAGACGCUAGGAGCACACGCACCCGAAAGCCGGCUUCUUAAAGGAACAGAACACCUGUAAUAAUUUAAAAGGGCUAAUCACUUGUCAGCCAAUAUUAUGUGAGAGGUGGAUGCCUCUCCCUUAUAUAUUCUCAGUUAUACUGUGCUCUUUGGUGUGUACACUUUUGUUAUAAUCUGAUCCUUGACCUACCUGCCUGUUAUAUCGUUCCUGAACCUGCGCAGGAACGCAGAUUGUCUCAUUCCUAUUCGGUACCUUGCAUUUGGCUUACUACUGCCUCCUGGGCACCACCUGUCAAAAACUCCAAUACCAUGUGUGUUAUUCCAACUCCCUCAGACCCUCCAUGUGUGUCUUUCUCAUCCCUACCAGCCCGUCCAUUUCUGUCAUUCCCAAGCCCCCCCAGCCUCUCUGUGUGUCAUUCCAGCCCCUCCAUGUGUGUCAUUCCCAACCCCUACUCCCCUUGUGCACCAGUUCACUGGACCGCCAUACCAGGACUGACAGGAAGUGCUCUCUUAGUGAGCACUUCCUGUCAGACCGCUGGGCCAUGUGACACACAGGGCAGCAGCACAGCUCUCCACUCCUGCUGGUAACCCGCCAACUACGGGCCCCGGGCCGGUGCUGCACUGCGCAGACCCUGAAGUGAUGCCGGCGGCCCACGCUCGCAGGAAUCAUGGCUGCAGCUGGACCCUGUGGAGUGACUGGCUUAGUCGCAGAGGCGACCCCUGCGACCAUGGUAGGUAUGCCACUGAUAUGGAGUAGGAGGAACAAUUGAUGUGGUAAAACAAUGUAACACCCACCCUAGCAAAACCUGAUUGGAAGUGAUGGGUGUUGCAGUCCACCAUAUCUCCAUCAAUGCCCACAUGAGUUAAGGAGGGGGAAAGAUGUACAUUUUGCUGCUACAUUCUGUUCAUAGCACUGUAAUCUGUGCAAUAAUGACUGUGUUCGUCUGAAUGCAACACUAUUAUAGUAUCUUCAUAAAGAAAUGGUAAUUUUUAUUACUGUCUAUGUAAGGACCUGUGAUUGUCUAGAGUCUAUUCCAGGAGUACCCAAAAGAUAGAUCCCCAGAUAUUAUAGAACUACAACUUCCAUGAUGCUUUGCAUGCCUUUAGAAUGACAAAGCAUCAUGGAAGAUGUAGUUUUAAAGAUGUAGAGGAUCUACAUUUUAGGCACUCCUGGUCUAGACUCUAUACCAGUGCUUCUCAACCCUCUCCUCAAUACACACUUAACAGUCCAGGAUCUAGGGAUUACCCGGGGGUGUCUAAGGUUUUUAGAAAAAGAAAAAAAAGACCUUGGAGUCUAAUGUGUUUUUAGUUUUUUUUUUAUUUAAACACCGGGUAAUCCCUAAAACCUGGACUGUUAGGUGUGCCUUGUUGAGAGGGAUGAGGAGCUCUGCUCUAUUCCAUGAAUAAUCUGUUUUUGGAAUGGAAUGAUCAACUCAAUUAUUUACAGUAAUACUGCACACAAUUGCCAUUCCCGGACCUGCCAUGUUUGUAUUUAUUAGAGUUCAGACUAGCAGGUAUACCAUGGUUUCUUUAUUCACUUUUGUUCAUUGUUUUUUUUUAUCUUUUAGUUUUUCUCGCAAUGCUAUUGGAGAUGCGGGGGCACUUUCUAUGGCAAAGUUACUGGAGAAAAAACAGGAUUUUCAUUUAAUAAAGUAAGUUUAGCUGAUUGAAGUCUUCAUUUUUUUUUGUAUACACCUAUUGCACACAAGGCAAAAAGCAGGAUUUAAUGCUAAUCUAAUCAGGUUCAACUGAUGCAUUAAUAGAUCAUAACCAGGGUUAUCAAACUCUGGACCCACAGAUGUUGUUGAACUAUAACUCCAAUUAUUCCCUUUCAACCUAUUGCAUCCAUAGAAUCUUGGGAACUGUAGUCCACCAACAUCUGGGGGUCCAGAAUCCACAUUGACUGGUUACUUUCACACAUAUAUUCAAAAUGUUGCCUCAAUCCAAGGUCUACUAUUGAUGUAAAUGUUUUCUUCACAUUCAUAAGAGAAUUAUAUCAAAUAUACAUUUCCCCCGCUCACUGAACUGUUAUAUUCAAUAGUUUUCACGUUCAGCAAAUCUGAUUUUAAACCAUUAUUUGCAAAAUUCCUGGAAUUCGUGUCAACUCUGGCAAUAAGUGUACAUUCACUUAACGCAGACACAUCUUUGGAAUAUGUAAAUGUUUUUAUUCCCACGAUGAGAGAGAAAAAGUCAAUUUAUUAACAUUAUAUUUUCCAUAUAUGACAUCAUAUUGUUUGAUUCAAAAUGAAUAAAAAUUUUUAAAAAAACAAACACUUCCAGAUAAUACAAUAGUAGCUACUAACUACUUUAAAAAUAAAAUUCUAGUGAUGCUAGUUAUGUACUGAUGACCUGCUGUGAUGGGGAAUAAUUACUUUGCUUAGGGUACUGUAUACUUAAACGGCUACUCUAACCUUUUUAACAAACUUUUAUAAAACGUAUAAUGCUAUAUUGGGCAUUACUAACAAGGUCUCCCUCUUUAAAACACGAAAAAGAUAUUAAACUGACAUUAAAUCCAAUGCCGGUGGUAUCUUCUGGCCUAGCUCCGCAUGCCUCCAUCCGACAUCAUCCCUGUCCUCGAGUGGUCCAAUCAAAUUAGUCUCAUAGAGAAGCGCUCUUUUGUGCUGGGAUGGAAUACAGGCGGAAUGACGGAAGAAAGCAGCAUGGUGUUGGGGAUGCUGAGGGUGCAAUAGCUAUGAAAAAGGAUUGACAAGGUCUUAGUUAGGGGGUGCUUAUAGAAACUGAACUGUAGAGGCGUCAGGGGGCUAGAGGAAAGUGCAAUGACUCAGGGAGGGAGCACAUAGCUUGGUAAAAGUCACUAGUUAGGACUAGGAAUAAGCGGCAAAGGAUUUGGGAUGAUGGAGAGGAGUUCAGGGCUGAGGUCAGGGACAUGCAUGAGGUAGAAAACAGCAAGAACGGGGGAUGUAGAUAGCAAGGCAUGAACUGGAAAGGUCACGUUGAGAAGAAGCACACAAAUCAUUUAGUGUGAGAGUCAGGUAAUAGAGAGAAGCACAUGAAUUGGAAAACAGAAACUGAGUAGAGCGAGCCACAGGGACUGGAAAAUGGAAGAUCAGUGAUUUCGUUCCUAAUGAGAAACCAAGAACAGCCAUGCCUUUAGCAUACCUUCCAAGUGUCCCUAUUUAGGAGGGAAAGUCCCUAUUUUAGUACUUUCAUUUCUACCCUAAUGUUCCAUGUUGCUGGUGUGUCUGCGUGUCUAACAAAGUUCCACAGCAAUAAUACUCACAGUAAUGUGUUUUUAAACUACAAUAAAUGUGUUUAGAAAGUGUGUGUAAAUAUGAUACAUUGUUCUUGUUCUAAACUAUGUUUUAGUUGCAUAAAUUGCUAUUAGUAAGUCACACAAAAUAUCGCAUUACAGCCGUCCCCGGCCAUACCCCCACUCACACCCUCAAAAUGAAAUUGGCCCUUUUUGUCUAUUGAAAUUUUGUGAGGUAUGGUCUACAUAUACUCUAACCACUCAUCAUUUGGAUUCCUGCAUAUAACAAACAUAUAACAAACACUCUUAGCAUGUAUCUUAAACCCAGGACUUAGAAACAGUGAGUCACUACACAGUACAAAAGGGCUCACAAUCAAUAGCAUAUAGCGUAGAGGAUAUAUUUGUAAGCAUGCCGUUAUUUUCAUGCAAUGGAUUACAUAGGGGUAAAUUGUCUGUUACAAAAGACGCCCAUUUGGACAAAUUAAAGGAUCGUCAAUUGUAUGUAUGUAUGUGUAUGUCUGUCUGUCUGUCUGUAUAUGUAUGUAUGUCUGUCUGUAGGCAUGCAUGUAUGUCUAUGUAUGUAUGUAUGUAUGUCUGUCUGUGUGUGUAUGUAUGCCUGUCUCUGUAUGUAUAUAUGUAUGUCAUAUGUAUGUAUGUAUGUCUGUCUGUCUGUAUGUAUGUAUGUGUAUGUCUGUCUGUAUGCAUGUAUGUAUGCAUGUAUGUCUAUGUCUGUCUGUGUAUGUAUGUAUGUAUGUGUAUGUCUGUAUGUCUGUCUGUAGGCAUGCAUGUAUGUCUAUGUAUGUAUGUAUGUAUGUCUGUCUGUGUGUGUAUGUAUGCCUGUCUCUGUAUGUAUAUAUGUAUGUCUAUGUAUGUAUGUCUAUGUAUGUAUGUCUGUCUGUAUGUAUGUGUAUGUCUGUCUGUAUGCAUGUAUGUAUGCAUGUAUGUCUAUGUCUGUCUGUGUAUGUAUGUAUGUAUGUGUAUGUCUGUAUGUCUGUCUGUAGGCAUGCAUGUAUGUCUAUGUAUGUCUGUUUGUGUAUGUAUGUCUGUCUGUGUAUGUAUGUCUGUCUGUAGGCAUGCAUGUAUGUCUGUAUGCAUGUAUGUCUAUGUAUGUCUGUAUGUCUGUGUGUGUCUGUAUGUAUGUAUGUCUGUGUGUAUGUCUAUGUAUGUAUGUCUAUGUAUGUGUAUGUCUGUCUGUAUGUCUGUAUGCAUGUAUGUCUAUGUAUGUCAUGUAUGUAUGUCUGUAUGUCUGUCUGUAUGUAUGUGUAUGUCUGUAUGCAUGUCUGUCUGUAUGCAUGUCUGUCUGUAUGCAUGUAUGUCUAUGUCUGUCUGUAUGCAUUUAUGUCUGUAUGUCUGUGUAUGUAUGUAUGUAUGUCUAUGUAUGUAUAUCUGUAUGUCUGUCUGUAUGUAUGUAUGUGUAUGUCUGUAUGUCUGUAUGUCUGUCUGUAGGCAUGCAUGUAUGUCUAUGUAUGUAUGUAUGUCUGUCUGUAUGCAUGUCUGUCUGUAUGCAUGUAUGUCUAUGUAUGUAUGUAUGUCUGUAUGCAUGCAUGUCUGUGUGUCUGUAUGUAUGUCUGUGUGUAUGUCUAUGUUUGUCUGACUGCAUGCAUGUAUGUCUAUGUAUGUAUGUAUAUAUGUAUGUCUGUAUGUCAUUAUAUAUGUAUGUCUGUAUGUCAGUAUGAAUGUAUGCCUGCAUAUCAUUAUGAACGUAUGUCUGUGUGUAUGGAUGUCUGUAUGUCUGUCAGUAUGUCUGUAUAUAUGCAUGUAUGUCAGUCUGAAUGUAUGUAUGUAUGUCUGUAUGCCAUUAUGAAUGUAUGUGUGUAUGGAUGACAGUGUCUGUAUGUCUGUCAGUAUGUCUGUGUGUAUGUAUGUAUGUCGGUGUCGGUAUGUAUGUGUGUGUCUUUAUGUCCUCAUGCAUGUGUGUCUGUAUGUAUGUUAGUAUGUGUCUGUCUGUCACUAUGUAUGCCUGUGUGUAUGUCUCAGUAUGUAUGCCUAUAUGCGUGUAUGUCUGUUUCAGUAUGUGUGUCUGUUAGUAUGUAUCUCUGUCUUUUUGUAUCAGUGUGUGUGUUUGUGUCUGUGUGUGUAUUCCUGUGGGCGGAAUGUGGAGGCGGACACAGUGGGCGGUAUUUGGAGGCGGGCCCCAGGGGGCCCAGACCCUGAGCUGAGUUAGGGGCCCCAAAAUUUCUGGUGGCGGCCCUGGCUCCGCCAGGUUCCUCUCGGAAGGUCGGAGAGUUGCCAUGGCAAUGCUCAGAUCUCGCGAUAGUGAACUCUAGCCCCGCAGGCUAGAGUUCACUCACCACAUGACCACCAUGGAUGCCAGCAGCACAGUCCACCCUCCCUACAAAAGAUAAGAAGGGAGGGGGGCUAUUAACUAAAUGGUCCCCCCACCCCCCUUAGUCCCUCCAAACAAAUACACACACACACAGCACCCUUACACAUAUAUACACAGCACACACACUAACAGCACCCUCACACAUACAGCACCCUUACACACACAGCACACACACAACACCCUCACACAAAGCACACAGCACCCUUACACAUACACACACACAGCACACACACCCUAACAGCACCCUCACACGCACACACAUACACCACCCUCACACAUACAUACACACAGCCCACACACACACACACCACCCUUACACACACAGCACACACACACUAACAGCAACCCCCCCACACACAGCACCCUUACACAUACACGCAGCACACACACACACUAACAGCACCCUCACACAUACAUACACACAGCACACACACACUAACAGCACCCUCAGACACACAUACACACACCACCCUCACACAUACAUACACACAGCACACACCACCCUUAACACACAGCACACACACACUAACAGGAACCCCCACACACAGCACACUUACACAUACACACAGCACACACACACACACACACUAACAACACCCUUACACACACACACACCACCCUCACAAACACACACACAGCACCCAUAUACACACACACACACACACACACACACAGCAGUGUAUGUGUGUGUAUAUAUAUAUAUAUAUAUAUAUAUAUAUAUAUAUAUAUAUAUAUACACACACACACACACACACACACACACACACACACACAUACACGUGUGAGUUUGUGCUUUAGGGUGCACACCCUUAUGCAAUAGGCUGUGCACGCCUAUGGAUAGGCAUAAGGCUAUCCUAACUAUAAGAUAAGGCCAGGGACUAAUGAAAGUAUUUAGAAAAUUAGGCAGAGUAUAUGGGCCGAAUGGUUCUUAUCUGUCGUCACAUUCUAUGUUUCUAUUUUGAACCAAGAUGAAGUUGUUUUCAGUUUUAUCAUUGCAGCUCAAACUUUGCAAGUCCAUAACCAGCACUGUUUAGUGAAUAAGCCAUCUGUCUUUAGCAGAAAAACAUACUCAGUUGGCCCAUUUUGGCUACACAGACAGGCAUCACACAGGGCUAUUCACUAGAAAGAGUUCAAAGUGAAUUUCAAAGUUAAGAUCAAAAUAGCAGAAAAUUCUCAAUGUCCGCCAUGCUUUCACUUUACUCAAGCCUUUUAUUUGAAAUUCACUUUCAAUUCUCACUUUAGUAGAUAACCCUUUCAUACUUUGUGUGUUUAUUGUAUGCCCCUGCGAUAGCACUUCAGAAUGCGCUCUUAUAAACAAAAUAUAUUAAUAAGAAGCAAAGACUGAGAAAGUCCUGCUGAGGAAAUACAAACAUUUUUCUACUCGGUAAGUAAACUCCAUGACUACAGAGCCUGUUCGAAAACACAAGAUCACAGGUUCAAAUCCCGGCAGGGUCAACUCAGCCCUUCAUCCUUCCGAGGUCGAUAAAUGAGUACCAUCAAUUGGGUAAUAAAAUCUAUUACUAUUAUUCAGCUGCCAAUUCGGUUAAUUCUAAUAUGAAUGCUGAAAACCGCUUUGAGUCUCACUGGGAGAAAGGAACUAUAUAAAUACUAGUUAUUAUCAUAAUAUGAUAAUUAUCUUAAUUUUUAAAUUUGGGACAGAACUAUGUUAAUACAUUAUGGAAGAGGGUGACUAGCCUUUGCUUUCUAUGUUGGAUUACAACUCCCAUAAUUCUCUACCAGCCAACACAGCUGAAUGGCCAAGCCUGGUCGGCUUAUUAUAGGAUAUCUAAAGGGCAUUCUGUCAGUUUAUAAAUCAAUACUUAAUAUUUAUAAUUUUUUUUCUCUUUUUAGCUUGUCUCACUGUUUCUCCGUUACCUCGGAAGGAGGAAGACGUUUCAUAGAGGGUCUUUUACAUUGCACUGAAUUACGGGAGAUUCAGUAAGAAUAUUUUUUACAUACAUACAUUAUGUACUAAGAAGAUAGAGGGGUUUAUUCACUAAAUACCAAAUUCCAAAUGCACUGAAAUCUCAAUGAUAAAAUUCAGUCUAAAAUAGUCCAUUUGUGACUAUCGUUGACUUGGAGAAUUUUUCCAGAUCACCUAUUCUUGCCUAAAGUUUGCAAUUCAGAUUUUAAUUCACUAUAGUUUGGAGAUUAGUGAAUACAACCCUAUGGAAUCCUGUGUCUUGAGCUUAUUCACUAAAGUGUGAAUUGUCGUCAGUUCAAAGUGGCAAAUCUGUAUCUGCACAGUGUUCUGAUCUGAGGUCUGUAAAGAGGAAGACUCAGAGCAGCUAACUGAAGCAGUUAGAAAAUCCUCCGGCUCUCUGAUUGAUUCAUUAAUGGCUUAUAAAAGUGCUUAAUUAAUUAUUCAUAAAAGUGCUGAUUUCUCAUAAAAUUCGGCAAUUUUAUAAACUGUCAUUAUAAUGGGAUAAUUCUUGCCAGGAAAACAAACUUGAAAGCUUGGGUUGACACUGGACGUCUCCAUGCAUAGCGUGAGGACACCAGUGUCCGUGAGGUGACCAAAAGUCGCCUAUUAGCCAGGAAGUCCACCACUAAAGGUGGAGUUAACCCGAGCAGGUAAUUAUUGCAGUUUUUAAAAACUUCAAUAAUUACCUGCUCAGGGUUAAGGGACCUGGGACAGUGCACCCAGACCACUUCAAUGAACUUAAAGGACCACUAUAGUGCCAGGAAAACAUACUCGUUUUCCUGGCACUAUAGUGCCCUGAGGGUGCCCCCACCCUCAGGGACCCCCUCCCACCCGGCUCUGGAAGGGGGAAAGGGGUUAAAAACUUACCUUUUUCCAGCGCUGGGCGGAGAGCUCUCCUCCUCCUUCCUCCUCCCCCGGGCUGAAUGCGCACGCGCGGCAAGAGCUGCGCGCGCAUUCAGCCGGUCACAUAGGAAAGCAUUUACAAUGCUUUCCUAUGGACGCUGGCGUGCUCUCACUGUGAAAAUCACAGUGAGAAUCACGCAAGCGCCUCUAGUGGCUGUCAAUGAGACAGCCACUAGAGGGAAUAGGGGGAAGGCUUAACCCAUUAAUAAACAUAGCAGUUUCUCUGAAACUACUAUGUUUAUUAAAAAAUGGGUUAACCCUAGCUGGACCAGGCACCCAGACCACUUCAUUAAGCUGAAGUGGUCUGGGUGCCUAGAGUGGUCCUUUAAGUAGUCUAAGUGCCUCUAGGGUCCCUCUAAGUAACCCUGAAAGAAAGUCAGGUUUAUAUGCUUUAAAUCACAAUUGACAUAACAGAGACAAGAAAGAGCUAUGAAAAAAAAAAAAAAAAAAAUCUCAAAUUAUAUAGAACAAUGAGGGAGAUUAUUGACGUGUUGCAGACAGAUUUGCACCUUUUUUGGCAUUUGUUGUCAUGCUAGCUGUUCUAAAACAAGCUGUCUCCUUGCAAUGUAGGCACAAGUACACUCCUGGUAUCAUAGUCCAAGCUGUUGUGGUUAUGGUGGCUGGGGUAUUCCUUUAAAAUCUUCAUAUAGGAUUUAAUUAGGACUUCAGAAUAUUACUAAAUUUUGUGUUUUUAUUAUUCGAACCAUUGUAAUAGAAUAGACAAUAAUAUAGUUAUUACGUAAAUAAUGGCAUGAUUUGCUGCAGGUGACUGGUACUCAACCAUGUUCAUCCCAUAUUUAUCAGCCCUGCCGCCUGUAGAAUGUUACUGUAUUAGGGCACCAAAGAUAAAAACACGAUCACCUUAUAUAGAUUGUGCAUUUUCUACAAAGUUGGCAUGAGAGCUUAACAGGUCACUUUGUAACUGCAUUACACACAAUUAUCAUUUGACUACAUGGAAUAGAAUUCUGUGUUUUUAUAACAAUAUUCUUUAUAUCACACAGCUUGGAAUCUCUACAACUGGAUGAUGUAUCUCUUCAAAUACUGUGUCCAGGCUUCUCAAAUAUGCCAUCCUUAAAGACGAUAAUGUAAGAAACCUUUGCUCCUUUACUUAUGACAUUUGUAGUACUCUAGAUUCUAUAAUACAGAGUGAGGGUUGGAAAAUAUAUUUGACAGGGCUGUUUAAUAAUAUGUGAAAUGUUGAGAGUCCAAAAUUAAUUUAACAUUUUAGGUUUUAAUAUGUAAAUUAAUAAAGGUAGCUGAAUAGCCUUGUUGGUGUUUAUGAGACAAACAGACAGACAUUCCUAAACGUAUAGUGAAUUGAUAUAUAUUAACCAAUUCUAUAAGAAAUGCUAGGUAUUCAAAUCCUUACUUAAAAGGGACUUGAGUCAAUCCGCUCAAAGGGCUUAAUACAGGGGGGUAGAGCCAGCAGCCAUACUGACUGGACGUGUGUUGAUGGUGCUCUGAACAAGCAGGGGAAAAUAUCUGAUAUUGCUACCCAAUUUUCCAGCGAUACUUCCCCCAAAGUGUGUGCAUCCAAUACCUCAUAUGAUGGGAUGCAAAAACAAGAAAUAUAGGGCAGAUAAGCCUCUGACAAUCGCUGAUAUUGGCGAUCUUUUAUGGAGAUCGCGGAACCCCACGAGGCCUGACAUGGUGCCUCGCUUCGACGAGCCCUCCAGGUCAUCUAGUGAGUCAUCCCUUGUCGACUUGCAGGAGCAAAAGACACCUGUUGCAAAGCAGAGAGCUGACUUACCUCUAAUAAAAUCUGGCGAACCACCGGUGACAGAAGGUACUUUAAAGGCUCUCUUAGCUGAUCUCCGACGCAAUAUAGCCUCUGACAAUCAGUUUAAAGAGGAAAUCAAUGUGGUUUCGGUUCACCUCCAGGACGCUGAACUGCAAACUGCUGCCCACGAGGUCCACCUCACUAGCAUUGAACAAGAGCUGAUAGUAAUAAGAAGUGAACAGGCUACUAUGCAACACAGAAUGGCGGCUAUGGAGGACUGCAGGCGUUGGAAAAACGUGAAGAUUCAGGGCCUGGCAGAUUCUUCGGAGGCUACUCACCAUCCUUUUUUUGGCUAAACAAGCUAAGGCCGUGCGGCUGGAUGGCUGCUAUCGGCUUCUGGCACUGACAUCUGGCACCAUGGGAACCAGCAGCGAUGUUAUAGUCCAUUUCCAGAACAGGUCGGACAGGCAGGCUCUCAUGUCGGCGGUACAUCACAAGUCACCCUACCACUUCGAGGAGCAUGCACUAAACUUCUACCAAGAUCUGUCCAGAGCCACAAUGGUCUGGUUGAGGUCCAUGCGACCCUUAACUGCCGAGCUAAUAAAGCACCGGAUACCCUACAAAUGGGGCUCUCCCAGGAGUCUGCUGGUUCCCCACGAUACUGGGACUUUGAAAAUUACCGAUGCCUCUGAAGCGGCCGGAACUCUGAGGAUUCUGGGGCUGUCUACGCACACCAGAGAACAACAGCAGCCAGGAGCACCCCCGCAGCAUACAGCUUGGGAUCCUGCCAGGGUCCAUCUGUUCAUGUCUGCCGCCACUAAGUGGGUACACUCCCAUCCUAUGUCCUUACUACAACACAGGGCACAACGCCAACCUACCCAUCUGCAAUAUUUGACCCACCUUGCAAGCUCCUGUAGUGAAUGGUUGGCACUGUUUAACAGCUUAUAUAUUUUAUUACUUUUUUAUAUUUUUUAUUGCUAUUAAAAGCUUAAUCCUCAUGCCCAAACUGCUACUGCCAUGGCUAGGCACAAAUGUAUUGUGAUGUCUCAAACCUUGUUACUUAUUGUUCUCUACAUUGUGCACUACCAGUAAAAUUUUGUGGAUUUAGAAUAAAAAAUUUUUAUUUAUUUUUUAAAAAAGGGCUUAAUACAAUUUGGAAUGGAGUAAAGACAUGUUGGGGCUUCAUGACAAAUCCUGUUAUGUCGGAUUGAUUUCCUGGCUGCUAUCAAACUAUUUGUUUGAAUUUUAGUUUGGUAAAAUGCCCUACAGUGCAGCCCCUGGUAUAAUUGGGGAUUGACCGUAAUUGGGUGGUAGUAGUAAGUUGUUGUUAUUUUACUUCAGAAUUGAGAAAUUUGUUUACACAAUUAAAAACAGUGACCCAUAUCCGACUGCAUAUGAGGCAUUGUGGGGUCUCCCUGCGUUUCAGUUAUACUAUAUCUAUGGGGACUGGUAAGCGUGCCGGACGCUUUGUAAGUCUAUUUCUUGUCAUAUGUAAAUCGGAAGCAAUGUAUUUGUUGGGGAUGUGAUUCUAAGGUGUUCCCUCUAUGUGUUCCUUUGUCUGUGGAAUAAUAAAGUUGCAGCCUCACCUCUUCCUCAGUUGCAUGUUGAGCAGUGAAGUGUUAAACAUAUGUGUUGUGUUCCUCCAUUUUUGCUAUUCUACCCGCAGUAUGCAGAUUGCAACAGUUUUACGUAGAUUAUUUAUUUUGAAUUUUUAUUUCAUUCUUAAGGCUUAGCGAAAAUAGUAUCAAAUACAAUGGGCUCCGGCACCUAGCACAGCACCUUUGCACCUGCACCCUCAUCGAAGCCAUUGAGUAAGUUAAUUAUUCAUUUAUUUUUUAUUAUAAUGUUAAAGAGUGUCAAAACAAUCACUGUAUGCUAUCCUGUAUAUUAAUUAUAUUAACAUUAUUCCAUGAACUUUAUACUACUUUGCAUAUUAAGUUAUACAAAACAAUGUAACACACAGAGUUUAAUUCUCACUAUUUUGAAGUUAUAUGACAGUUUAUCUACAUGUCUGUCUGUCCGUCCAAUCAUCCAACAAUACGCUCGCUUCUCCCUCCCCAUCGAGCCUGUUUCAGAUAUUCACAACAGCAGAUCAGUAGCCAUAAAUCUAUAGCUUUCUACUUAUUUGGGCUAUUGAUCCCCCUUUCUCAAAAUCACACACAGUGUCCAUCUUAGUCCUACUCACUUCUAUAGACUGGCAUGCCUUCAAACGGCUAGCUACAAUUCCUGCCCAACAAGUAGAAAGCUUAAAGCACCGUUCCAGAUACCUAAACACUUUAGCUUCCUGAAAUCCUUUACACUGAUCAACCACAAAAUUAAAACCACUGACAGGGGAAGUGAUUGUAUUGUUACAGUGGCACUUGUCAAGGGGUGGGAUUUAUUAGGCAGCAAGUGAACAGUUCUUGAAUUUCAUGUGUUGGAAGCAGGAAAAAUGGGCAAGUGGAAAGAUCUGAGUGACUUUGACCAGGUCCAAAUAGUGAUAGCUAGAAGACUGGGACAAAGCAUCUCCAUAACGGCAAGUUUUGUGGGGUGUUCCCGGAAUGCAGUGGUUAGUACCUACCAAAAGUGGUGCAAGGAAGGACAAACAAUGAACUGUCAUCAGAGUCAUGGGCGCCCAAGGCUCAUUGAUUCACAUGGGGAGCAAAGAUCAGCCCGUCUGGUCCGAUCGCACAGAAAAGGUGUUGUAGCUCAAAUUGCUGGGAAACGUAAUGCUGGCCAUGAUAGAAAGAUGUAAGAACACACAAUAUAUCACAGUUUGUUGCAUAUGGAGCUGCAGACUGGUUAGAGUGCCCAUAAUUAGCCCUGUCCACUGCCAAAAGCACCUUCAAUGGGGACCUUCAGAACUGGACCUUGAAGCAUCGAAUAAAGGCUGCCUGGUUACACGAAUCACAUUUUCUUUUAGAUCAGGUGGCUGGCCGGGUACGUGUGUUUACCUGGGGAAGAGAUAGCAGCAGGAUGCACUAUGGAAAGAAGGAAGGCUGGCAGAGGCAGAGUUAUGCUCUACUUGGAAACCUUGGAUCAUGGCAUUCAUGUGGAUGUUACCUUGACACCAUCUACCUAAAUAUGGUUGCAGACGACAUACACCCCUUCAUAGAAAUGGUGUUCCCUGAUGGCAGUAGCUUCUUUCAUCAGGAUAAUGCACCCUGUCACACUGCAAAAAUUGCUCGAGGAAUGGUUUGUGGAACAUGACAAGGAGUUCAUGGUGUUUUCUUGGCCUCGAAAUUCCCCAGAUCUCAAUCCAAAUGAGUACCUGUGGAGGUUCUACGUUGAAACUUGCAGGACUUGAAGGAUCUGUUGCUAAUGUCUUGGUGCCAGAUACCACAGGACAUGUUCAAAGGUCUUGAGGAGUCCAGGAGCCUCAAUGAAUCAGAGCUGUUUUGGCAGCACAAGGGGCAUCUACACUAUAUUAGGCAGGUGGUGUUAUUGUUGUGGCUGAUCAGUGUAUAUGUGAAGCGUAUGCCCUUUUUUAAUAUCACAGAAAUUGGCACUUUUAUAAAUAAACUUGGGUACACACCCCCUGGCUGUCAAUCCAAGAAAAUUGGUCAUGCUACAUUGAGAUUGUUUAGCUCAGUGGAGCUGAACUCAAGAGGCAGGUAAUUAACCAAGCACUUGCAGCCCCUGCUGCCAGCCAGACAUAAAUUUCCUUUGCUUAUUAGGGGGAGCAUUUACCCUUUAAUCUCCUCCCCCAUCCACCUAUUGGAAUUUAAUUUCAUUUCACAGUGUUCACAAAUCCAGUAUCAAAAUGUCUCGUUAAAAUUGUAAUAUUGGUACUCUUGUCUUUGCAGCUUAAGUUCCAAUAGCAUUGAUAAUGCUGGUGUGGAAACAUUGUCUGGAGUGUUAUCCAAAUUUAAGAAUUUGAAGAAAAUCAUGUGAGUUCAUUGUUCUAUUUAAACAUGUAUUUGUGUUUUAGACAAGAUGUGAACAAUCUGAGCCACUCAAAAAGCUUGAUACACAAUAAAAAUGACCUAUAAAACCAUGAACUACCCUCCCCGUGUUAGAAUUCACAUUCUAUAUGUGUGCAGCUCAUUCACAAACCUGAGAAAACCAGAUAUUAAUCUGCUAAUAGAUUCAUAGUCUAGUAUGGACAUAUAACCUUAGUGAAACCCAUGUGGACUCCACAGAUGGGCUUUUUUACCAUACCUUGUUAGAGUAAAGGUCCGUGCAAGGAGGAAAGACGAGACGGGGGGAUAUGAUAGAAACAUUUAAAUACAUAAAGGGAAUCAACACAGUAAAGGAGGAGACUAUAUUUAAAAGAAGAAAAACUACCACAACAAGAGGACAUAGUCUUAAAUUAGAGGGGCAAAGGUUUAAAAAUAAUAUCAGGAAGUAAUACUUUACUGAGAGGGUAGUGGACACAUGGAAAAGCCUUCCAGCUGAAGUGGUAGAGGUUAACACAGUAAAAGGAGUUUAAGCAUGCGUGGGAUAGGCAUAAGGCUAUCCUAACUAUAAGAUAAGGCUAGGGACUAAUGAAAGUAUUUAGAAAAUUGGGCAGACUAGAUGGGCCGAAUGGUUCUUAUCUGCCGUCACAUUCUAUGUAAGCUCCAUGACAUUAACUUGUUAGUGUGCCUUGGCAUCUUGGAAGUCCGUCUAUUGGGCUCCAUACUGCUCAAGUUUUCAAACAAGGGAGAACUCUACUUCAAUUAGAACAAAUAGCACUUUAACCCCUGCAAAAAGGACACAACACAAAUUUAUUUUAAAAAAAAACUGUGAUAUAAAUACCAAAAUAUAUUGUAGAAUCCGAAUAAUACCAAUCCCUUUUCUAUCUAUUCUCUUUCCCUCCGUUAUCCUUUAUCAUACCGUUGUCUGCUUUUGUUUCUGUUUGCCUUGUUUCCCUCUAAUGCCUACAUGUAAAAGCCUUCCAGCUGAACCACUACUCCCUACCAUCGGGGAUAGGCAACCUUUGGCACUCCAGAUGCUGUGGACUACAUCCCCCAUAAUCCUCUUACAUCCAUAAUGCUGGCAAAUGAUGGGAGGUGUAGUCCAAAACACCUGGAGUGCAGAAGGUUGCCUAUGCCUGCGUCUAGUUAAACUCCAACUCCUGUUCUGUUACACUUUGGACCUACAGAACAUUGUGAGGACUGCAGCAGUCUGUGGUUCAAAGUACUGACACUAUGAUUUUAAUGUUAUAGUUUGUCUCAGAAUAAGAUCGGCCCAUCAGGAGCAAUGAAGCUUGAGGAAGCUAUCAGACAGUGUAAGCAACUGGAGAUGUUACAGUAAGUUGAUUGUUACCAUUUACCAACCGGCAAUGUAUGUUACACAUGAGCUAAGUGUUCAUUUUAAGCUAUUUUUCAAUUCUGAUGGUUUUUUAGAGCAACUAUAUGCCUAGGCUGAUUGAGGUGCAAAUUAUACUUGAGUACUGAAACAUUUUUACAUCUCUGCUGUUUUGGUGUAAAAUGUAAAAUUCUUUUGACAAGUCUACAUGAUUCCUAGCCUGCACUGUCUGAAAGGUUAUAUCCCUUCACCCUCAGUCACAGAUCAGGUAAUUUAUAUGUUUUCCCCGAUAAGUGGGAUCCAUAUAGCUGUCUGUCACACAGAGCCUCUUUAGGAUAGGAGGCACUUGAAAAAUGUGCACAUUGCAUUUCAAAUAAAAUGUCAAAUAAAUGGGCAUAGAUCUAUUUUUCUGUGCAUUUACACUCAUUCUGCCUGAUCCAAGCCUUAUCUAAGGACUACAUGGCAAAAAUAUAUAUAUAUUUUUUUUUAAAUAGAUUUAAUUUAAUUUUUUUUUAAAUAUCAUAAAUUAUUAUUUAAUAGUAUUUUAAUGUUUUUAUUUUUCAUUUAUUUUACAUAUUUUGCUAUCAGUUUACCAAAAGGGAUAGCAGCACAUUUCUACACAUACAAUAUUUUAUAUUAUUAUUUUUAGAUCUAUAGAGUAAGGACAGUGUUUUAUAUACUAAUGGAUAUGUGGUUCAUAUUCUAAUACUAAUAUUAUAAUAUGGCGUUACCUGUGCCACUACUUUCAUGUUCUGAGAGAGGCUGGAGAGAUUAGAAUUCUACGCUCUACCACACAAAGAAAUGCAUUCCAGGAUGCAGCAGUCACGAACAUGUAAUUUUAUGGAAAUAUAAUUUGUGCCUAUAAAUUAAUGCACAUGUUGCAGCCUUAGCGUGUGUUUAUUGGGGUUCCUGAUGACUAUUUCCUGAAUUGGUUUCCUGGUGACACUUUGUUAUAGUCUGUGUCACCGCUGGGCCGUUCGUGCAUCCCACACAUUUUCUAGCGGCUCGCCAGUGUCAGAUGCUGUUUAUUUCAUGGGUUCACAGUCCUAGGGCAUCUGAUGACAUCACUAAUGAGGAGUAUAUACAGACAGGCAGUGACAGGUUGCUAUGGCAACUUCCUUUUUAGCAGCAAGUGAAAAGAACAUUUUAUUUUGUUAGCUGUUAUUGCCAGAGCUAAUAUCCUGUGUGCUGACCUAUGCUAUUGCCAAGUGCAGACUGGAUUCCGUACUAGGCUGCUGUCGUUGUGACUUGGAGUUCCAUUAACCCUAAUGCUGCACAACGUCACAGCAUGAUGUGUAGUGUGUUGUUUAUCUGUUUUAUAGAAGGUUAGUCUGUGUAUUUUAUAUUCUACAUAUAACCGUAAGAUAAUCUACAUUAUAGACAGAGCAGUUUGGAUGUCAUCACUGUACGAAUCAGUGUUGGACCAAGACAUUUUGCUGCCUGCAUUUAAAACCCAAUUACUGCCCCCUCACCCAUGCUGCGUCAAAUACCAUCACACAUAGCUAACUCCUCACACAUAACUCACCAAUCACCACACAUAUAUAUUACUACUUCCAAACACAAAUGCACAUAUCUGUAACACACACAUACAUGCACACACACUCACUCACUCAUUCAUACAAACAUACACAGAAAUGCGUAUAUCGUGGAGCUUUUGCAGCUGAAUCUGCUGACCCCCCUUAAUGCGUGAUGUGCUGCCUCCCUUAAAGUCCUUAAACGUGCCAAUUAUUUUUUUUUAAAUACAAAAAGAAAAGUCCUAUGCUCACUCCCAUCACUUCUGGGCGGCAGCAACGACCACAGUACACAUCAGCUCCAAUACAUAUAGUAAAAACCAAAGGAAAAAAGUUGCCUGCGCUCUCUCCUUAAUAUUAUAUUUAAACAAAUGGAGGUCAUUUAGUUACUCCAAUGGCCAUGAGAGGAUAUGCCCACCUGCCAACGUCAAGGCAGUCGCCCCCUAGGCGGGUCCUACACUGACCAUUCACCUUGCUUCCGUGACCUUCUGGCAAAGAUAUCUCUAAUGAGACAGAAAGGGGUAUUUUUUAUAUACACCCUACAUACUUAUUAACCCUUAAUAGGGAACACAUGGGAUGCUGCCUCCCUUAAAGUCCUUAAAAGUGCCAAUUAUUUUUUUUAAACCAGCAAGGAAACAGUUUUAAACAAAUGUACAAAACAAAAUAAAGAGAGAUUUUGCAAAGACCAUUUAUUGGUGACAUCGUCACUGGGGUUCCCAGGCAGGUUGGAAGGGAAAAGUAAGUUUAACUUAUCUGAACCUGUCCCUCGCACAUCUUAUUCCAGCUGGUCCUUGUCUGAAGCACCAGAGGCCAAUGCACGAGAGUACAGCAUUGAGAUCUAUGGGAGAUCCCGCAAGAUCCUCCAUAUAGAAAGACAAUUCCCUGUAACCACCACUGGUGUCAGGCGUGGGAAAUAUACUGAGACAAAGUAGUUCCUCUUUUUUCUCUGUAUAUUUGUUUAUUGGGUUGGAAUUUCAGUGAAAUUUUAACACAGUCUAUAUAAGUAUUUCAUAAAGAUUCUAUCCUAACAAAAUACAAAUUAUUUGGGGGAGAGCGUUGUGCUACUUUUACUUACUAUGAACUUUGUUUGAUUGCAUUGUUGACCACGCCUCUCAGCUAGGGGAGUUUCUCCGUCCUCCCCCACUGCCCUCUUACCCACACAUCUCAGUUUCAGACCAGUCCACUAAUGACAGAAACAGGGUAUCAUUAAGCAGCUCUGCAUGAUGAGACUCCCUCUCUUCGCUCCCUGUCAGGAUGUUGUUGGUGAAGACAUUUUCCAAUUGCGCAUGUGUAAAUCUGUUAGGCAUGCACAAUGCACUUUUCCAGCAUUCCUAGGGAUAAGCCACUGGUUUGUUAGAUCAGUGUCCACCCUGGAGUUGGUGUGGAAAGCAUGAGAAAGAAGCAGGUACGUAUGGGAGGGGGAAAAAUCAUUACCUGCUUUUUUUUUCCCAACCUCCAGAGUGAGGGAACUGUCUUAUUUAAAACAGAAUCUUUUAAAUACGAAAGUUGUAUCCAUGUGAUUCAAAGUAAUACAUGACCCUUUAACUCUCAUUCUCCAUCCAUCUUUUGGAAGAAAUGCUUUUCAGCUAAGACGGACAAUUCAAAGGCAUUUUUUAAUUUUAUUUAAACUCUUAUUUUAGAGACAGUCACGUCAACCUUUACAGAAGGUGUCGUCAUCACAUAAAACAUAAUGUUUGCAAAUACCUUUUAAUCUAUGCCAAAACCAAUCGAUCUAUCUAUCAAUCCCUUGAAUAAGAAUUCACUGGUAAACAACUCCUGGAUGGAUUGAUACGUUCGAGUGAAGAUUAAGAAGGUAUUUGACUUGAUCGUCCCAGCUGAAAAAGUAUUUUUACAGACGUCUGGUUUACAUUCACUGUUAUUAUUCUCAAUGCAUAAUUCAAGAACAAUAACAAUAAUGUAUUCUGCAUGUGCAAAUCACAUGCUCUUUGUGUUGCUGAUUCUUAUAUUUUCUGAUUAUGCUUGAUUAAUUGUGAAAAAAAAGUAAUUAAUUGUGAAGAAAGAUUUUAAUUCUGUAUGGGAUUACGCUUGACUAAUUAUGAAGAAAUAUUUGCCUUUGCCUCUUUGACCCUAACUUUACACUACAUCUCCAGCCUGCAAUCCUGCAGCUUGCCAGAAAACCAUGGAUAUGCUGUUGUUCAGGCUUUGGUCCUCUGUCAAGAGAUUGAAGACAUCAGGUAAAUGUAUCAAAAUGUCUUAUUGAAUUAUACUGCAUUAAAUACUGCCCCGGAGGAUAAUUCUCAGUGCCUGUCCUUAAAUAACCAGCAUGUGUAUCCGUGUUAUACAAAUGGCUGUGUCUCUGGCAUGUGAAGUGCAGGAAUAGACUCGGUCUCUCUAAUCUCUCAUUAGCCAUGACUGAGCAAGUUUGUGUCAAUAGAAAAGAUGACUCAAUUCUUCUUCUAUGACCAUCGGGGCAAGACAAAGCACUUGGUGAAGAUUGUCCCUUCUUACAUGCAUUAUAUCGAAGAGCAGAGUUAUAGAAGGUGUUUACUUGGCUGUAAAGAAAGCUAUCUGGUUCAUCACAUACAAUUACCAGAUGUUACUAUUAACAUGACGUAAAGUCAUGAUUUUAUUAAAGACACAGAGGCUCAUAUUAUGCUUUUCUUUUUCUUUCAAUUCUUCAGCAGCAAAGAAAGAAUUGUAUAUCAUUAAUAAGAAACCAAAAAAAAUUGAUAACCUUAGCAAUGGAUAACCAUAAUUUUGCUGGAAGCAAUAAGGACAUCCCUCAGCACAUAUUCACCCAUGUGACCCCGAGAUACUCCUCUUUCUUGAUGAUACCAUCAAAAAUACUCAUGCAAACGUAAACAUUAAUAACAAUAAUGCAUGGUGAAGACAGAAGACAAAGGCCAAAGAUGAUAAUAAGGAGAGUCAAGGAGAAGUCAAUUACUCAGCUGAAUAAAACAGGGUUAUUGGUAUCAGAAACAGGACCUCAAGCUAAAACAAAAUAAACAUAUCACUAAUGGAGUGAGAGAGAUUAUCUGACAUCACUGCCAUGGAGAUAUAUCCCCUGUGUGACCGAUUUGGCCAUUAUGGCGUCGAGUAGUUAAUAGUAUUCAUUUAUUCCUGUGAGGCCAGUUUAUCCGCAGAGAGCAAAGAUUGGGCAAGGGGUAAGGGAGGCUUAGCAGAGCUAAUAGAAAGUCCAGCAGUGGACAUCUUCUGGCCAAAAGAGGAUUGCAUAAUACAGGGUAUGCAGACGAAACAAAAACUGACAGGAUUAAACAUUAAGUGUAGGGUUCAUGCCCAGCAGAAAGGGCAAUAUCAGGUAAUGGGCAGAAAGCAGAGGUGAACAAUAAUAGAUUUUGAUAUGCCUGCCCUUAACCAAUCCACAAGUGAGUAGACGGGUUAAGGAAAAAACAAGUAGUGAUCAGGCACUCACAAGUAGCCAGCAUAGAUAACCAAAUUGCACAGCCAGUAUAAAGCAUGGGCUAGCUCACCGAGCGUUCUCUCAGGAAUGGUUUGAGGGGGACUUAGGCAAGCUAACUAGCUACAAGAGCAGCCAAUCAGGAUGCUUGCAUGCUAGAACGAGCGUCACGAGGAGAGGGAGAAGCGCAGAAAAACUGGUCACCAAAACAAUGUGUUACAGAAUGCACAUGAACGAGUGGCUCGAUCAAUGCGCCUAUUUUGAAAGGACUGGCAAGCAGGGUCAGAGUAGUGCAUGCAGGGGAAAGGAAACAGAAUAAAACUAACAAAAUCUGGUUACAAAAAAAAUGAGGCACAAAGUUGACAGAGCCAGAUGUAAGGUACUUACCUGAGGGGCAGCACCAUAAGAAAGUAAAGUGGCUUAGGGUCACAUGGGGGAAUAUGUGCAAUGGAAUGUCCUUAUUGCUUUCUAUAAUAGUAUGUUGUUUUUUUAUUGCUUAUUAAUUAUAUACAAUUCUUUCUUUUCUGCUGAGGAAAUAAAAGAAAGUAAUAUGCAUAAGAUGAGCCAAUGUGUCUUUCAUAAAACAGUUUUUGUCAUCCAUACACAAUAUACAUUGUGGUAGCAGAUUAGCAAGAAAAGGCAUUAAUCAAAAUGAAAAGCGUUUUUGAUUAAUUGGCUCUACCUCUGUGCAUGACCUCAUCAUAUAAUUAUGUAUCCAAGUGAAUUAUUCUACCAUGUGGUAGGUCAUUGCUAUACAACAGUGAUGACAUUCAAACUGUGCAGACCUCUGCUCACUUUUUUAUUUUUCAAUAAAGCAAAUUUAUUCCACUGCUCUGUACAGCAAUCCCAAGUAAGUACCAAAGCUUAGCCAUCUCUGCUAUAUGGGCUUGGCAGAUGGAGGCUGCUGGGGCACUCACUGUGACAUCAUAUGUCCCUGCAUCCUGCAUCAGUAUGACAUGUGCAGCAUUCACAAAAAUCUCUGCACACCUCAAUGAUUAAUUCUGUUUCCCAAGGCUCCAUUAACACCAAUGGCUCAUUUCGACCCACAGCUACUUGCAAACACCUCAAUAUCAUACAGACUCUUAAUAGGCUGGCAAUCAGCCCCAGAUAUUGCAGACUCAGUGAAAAAUUGUAGAAAAACAGUUUAGCCAUGGGGACCAGACAGGUUAUGGGCCACCAGCACAAGCACACACCUGCACAGUGCUAGGCUAAUGCCCAGCACAAUUCCUGUUUGCUGCCCCACUUCUACAGUACUUUGCUAAAGGCAUCCCAUUGCAAAUUCAGUUGCUUUAAUCGGUAAAAAAAUGGUGCUUAGAGGCUGCAGCCUACUGAGCCUGUACACUAGUAGCCUGGGGGCAAUUGUCAGCUUUGCCAACCCACCCAUGUUUACAACUGGUGGAUAAAACACAAAAAAAAUUAUUUAAGCUUUCUGGAUAUAGGUUUUUGCAAUUAUUCUAGCACAUGUAUAGAUGUAUGCUAUAAUGUCAUUUUGUAAAUUAGCACUUUACAGAGUGAGAGUGUUCCUUUAAAUUCAGAAAUCCACACUGUUGCAUUCAUCUCUAUUCUGGAACUGCAUACCUCCAUCUCACUGGGCGGCUCAAUGUUAAUCAUCAUUAACCCCUUAAGGACACAUGACGUGUGACAUGUCAUGAUUCCCUUUUAUUCCAGAAGUUUGGUCCUUAACGGGGUUAAAUGUUACCUUUUUUGCCAUUGAACAUAGUUAUUUGAAGAUGUUAAACAGAUUUUUUUUCUCCUUAUUUGUAUUAUGUACCCUGGCUGUGCUUGAACCUUAACUGGAAUGUGAUAUCAUUGCAUAAUGCCACAGAAUAUUUUAGAAGUGAUGGUUACUCUUUAAAAAAUGAAAAUGACAAUUGGUUCAGUACUCUAGUCAGCAUCUCUUUUACGCCUCAUCUGUGCCUUUCUUUUUCUCUAUCGAAGUUUGGCGGUUAACACCCUAGGUGAAAGGAGUUUACUGAAACUAGCAGAAGAACUUCAUCAUUUUCACCGCCUAAGGAAGAUUGAGUGAGUGAUAUAUCUUUUUUUAUUCAUUUUGAAUUGUCCAGCCUCCAUAUUCUUCUCUAAGCAGGAGAAGUGUGUUAGUGUUAGAAUGUUGCUCUGCUCACCCUCUGGCUGGUUACUCCACAAACACAGAAGUCAAUUUCCUGACAGUUGCACCCCCAUUAUAAAGUUCCAUAAAAGUUUGCCCUUCUGUAUUUUUCUUGGAACUGCCCUCUUCCCAUCCGAAAGUUGGAAAUCUCUCACCAAAGGAAUAAGCAUUUCCAGCUUCUGAAAGCUGCCUCUUUAACUAUCCACAAUAAAACAGUGACAAUGAAAAUGUGGAACAUAAACAAAAACAAAAAAAAGUUAAGGGGAAGAUAUUUUUCAACCAAACAAAAAAAUUAAUUCAGUAAAAAAAUUAUCGGGAUUUUUAUACUGAAACUAAAGGGGGCUGAGGGGCCACUUCUGCCUGGCUCCAGAACCACUGUUGAGAGCUCCGUGUUGCCCCUCCCACCCCUAAACUUGCUCAGAUCAUUGCCUUGAACAAUCUGCAUUCAAUUCAUAUAAUGAACGUCACAGCAUCACUCGCUAUCUCAGAGCUAUGGCCAACAAGAACACAGAGCUUGGUACUCGAGAGGGACUAUGUUCUCAUGGUCUUACAAAGCAGGCUGCGAUUGGACAACUUGAGAAUGCUUCCUCACACCAAUAAUUAAGAUGGCUGCUAUCCUGUAAGAUGGCAACCUAUUUAUACAAUCCCACCCAUCUACCCCUUACUACUCCACUUCCUGUCUCAGGGCCACUUUACCACAUCCCUCUGUACUCUACAAUACCCUCACACUCACAUGUUCCUGUUCUGCUUAGGCCUUGCCUGGCUCCUCAUAGUCUAGUCUGCCUGUGGUUUAUUAAUGUCAGCAGCUUCAGGUUUUACCUACAUACUCAUGAUGCAUCCUAAGGACCUUUGUACCCUAGGUGACUGCCUAGGUUCACCUAAUAGACCAGCUAGACCUGUGUUCGGCAGUCACCAAUGGCUAAUGGCAGUGAUAAAUAUCUUUUAUCUUCAUCUAGGGAAAUAUAGAGUUUCUUAUCUGGUUCUCGUAUGUGACCAAAUAAAAAACAUUUGACUACUAAAAAAAGUAUUAAAAAAAGAUUAAUUAUAGGGAAUUCUCAUAAACAAUGAGUUGGCCUGUGAGUGAUGAUGAGACAUAGUUGAAAAAUAAACAAAAUGAAGACAUAGAUUUUAAACUUGAUCGGCCACUCAUUGUGAAUUGCUUUCCCCCCAGCUUGCGAUUGUGUGGAAUAUCUGACACGGUGUGCACUUCUCUUGCAUCUGGCUUUCGGUGCUGUCUACACCUGGAAGAAGUCAAGUAUGUAUGAAAAGUCAUCAUUGAUUGAGCUCACUGCCACUGAAAAUAUAUCCAGAAUUGUAUACUGUUGAUAUAAUAUAAACAUACUGUUAACGGAGAAUAAUAGUAUCAUGUGCCUGUACUGAGGCAUUAAGUUGAUCCUCAGUAUUAGAUUUUGUGUGGCGUUUGUUAAAGGGACAUUCCACACCCUUAAAACAUCUCAGCUUGCUGUAGUGAUUUCUGUGUGAAGAGCCUUCUUCUUUCUUUCAUUUUACAAAAAUUGCAGAUCUCAAUAGAAAUUGCAGUUUUUAUAAAUUAACAUUGCCCCACAUACCUCCUUGGCUGUCGAUCAGACACUAGUCCCCUUCUUAUCUGUUAGUUUAGCUCAGUGGACCUAAACUCAAAAGGCAGGCUUGUUUAGAGCACUUGCCUUGCACAGACUUCUCACUGAGCUUCAUUGGGCAGUCUGUGAUUGGACAGUCACAGAAAGUCUGGGCGGGGUUAGAAGGGGAGGGCUUGCAAUGGCUUCAGACAAGAGAUCUGCAGCUUUUGCAAGCUGUUUUCAGAUAUACCCCAAUGAAAAAUGCAUAAUUAAAUGCAUGCAUGUUUUAAUUGUGGGUUUAACUACUAAAUAGUUUUUGGGGAGGGUUUUUUGGAAAGUGGAUUGUUCCUUUAAGAUUUAAGACGGUAAGGGAUUAAAAGGGGAGGUAAAGGCUGCAGACAAGAGUCUAAAUAGUUUUAUUUGUUUUGUAUUUGUUGUAUUUGGGCAGUGGAUUGUCCCUUUAGUAAAUUAAGAUGCCAUCAUGCAACUGUAAUGUUUUUUUAUUUUUUAUUUAGUUUAUCAUGGAAUACCAUUGGGGAUGAAGGAGCAUGUGCAUUGGCAUGUGCAUUAAAGCAUAUGAAGAUGCUUAAGAAGAUGGAGUAAGUAACAUCGGCAAAUUUAAACUAUAGAUUAUAAAGUAGGUGCUAUAAAAAUGGUACAUGAAAAAAAUAUUCAUUUGUUCUCUUACAUCCUACAUCCCUUGCACAACAUAUUUAACUAGUAUAAACAUUCAUUACACAGAAGAGGUGUAGAUGCUAUAGAAGUGGUUGCCAUUAUGUCCGUUAAAUGUUUUCCUCUCUGUAUUUCAUUUUAAAGCCUAGGAAAAAACCAAAUACAAGAACGGGGAGCUGAAGCCAUAGCAGAGGAACUCAGUGUCUGUUCCUGGAUAAAAUUAAUCUGGUGAGUGAAAAACACUUCUCAUGUUAUCAUUAUUAUUAGUAAACUCCAUUCAUUCAGCCUUUAUCAAUACAUCUCUAACUUGCUUUGAUGCACCGUAUCAGGGCACUACCUCUCCCCAGUUUAGCCUUUAACCCCUUAAGGACACAUGACAUGUGUGACAUGUCAUGAUUCCAUUUUAUUCCAGAAGUUUGGUCCUUAAGGGGUUAAACAGUAGAAUCAUGAGCAGUUCUUGUCAUGGAUGUGAUGCAGACAGACCAUAAAACAGGAUGGGGGGAGAGUAUCAUGGCUAAAACUACCCAUCGAUCCUAGAAAUGUUAAUGUUUAAACCCUGUGUGUGAUAGCUGGUAAGUUAAGUGUUUUUAAUUGGACAGAGGACUGUAUCAAUACAUAACCAAUUCAAUGAGAUUAAAUGGUUAUAGUGCCUACAGUAGUGAUGGCGAACCUUUUUUGAGCCCUAACUGCUGUUGACAUCAUUAGUGCCCAAUCUGCGGUUCAAAACCAUCUUUUCUCUAAGUGCUAAAUUAGAAAUUACUCAAAUAAUUCCCUUCUGCCAGUUAGUGCCCCAUUCAUUCACUGUCCUGUUUUCCCAGAUAGUGCCCUGCUGAGUGUUUAUUCACAUUGACUUCCCCUUCUCCCAGUCAGUUCCCUGAGCAUAUUAAUGCCCUUUCUCCAGUCAGUGCCUUGAUGUAAGGUUACCUGUUUAUGGUUGCAGCUUUUCUCCUAACUUGCAUCAUUCCUCUUCUCAUCCUGACGCUGCACGUCUUUCUUGCAUCAUUAUUGAUGCCGGGCGUCCUUUUUGUGCCCGACACCAUGUCAAACUGUGGAGUCAUUUUUGAUCCCGAAACCACCAUAUACGCAUCCAUUUAUAGGGAUCCAGUAAUGUGUCAUUUUAAUGAUGCUGAACAUCCAUUGACUAUUCUGAUUUCUGGUACCCAUAAUCUGGCUCUGUUAUCUCGUUUGUCUGAUCUCGAGUUUACAUUGACUUUGGCUUGUUUGACGUUAUUUUAUUUCUCUGUUUAAUGUAAAAGGGAUACUCUAAGUACCAAAACAACUUUAACUUAAUGAAGCAGUUUGGGUGUAUAGAUUAUGCCACUGGAGUCUCACUGCUCAAUUCUCUGCCACUUAGGAGUUAAAUCACUGUUGAUUCAGUUUAUGCAGCCCUAGCCACACCUCCCCUGACUGUGACUCACACAGGUUGCAUGAAAAAAAAUGGUUUCAUUUUCAAUCAGAUAUUGACUUACUUUAGAAGGUGCUAUCUCCUGCUCUGUAAAUUGAAAUUUAAUCACACACAGGAAGCUGCUGUUGGCCAUUAACAGAGCAGGAUAUAAUAGAUUCUAAAUGAAACAGACUGUGCAGUAAAGGAAGUUUAAAUGUUAGAUCUCACUUUACAUGAAAUGUGUAGGGAGGCUGUGUAAGUCACAAUCAGGUGAUAUGUAACUAGGGCUGUAUAAACAAAGUGAUUUAACUCCUAAAUGGCAGAGAAUUGAGCAGCGAGACUGCAAGGGCAUGAUCUAUACACCAAAACCCCUCCAUUAAGCUAAUGGUGCUUUAAGCCAUCUCUAAGGACCAGUUAUUUGUUCCUUUUCUUGAUUUAGCCAGGGUGGAUUCAUACUCUGCAUAUUAGCGUUAGAAUCUGUGACACCUGACCAUUCACUGCUACUUCUCCCAUUCACUCCAUCCCAUUAACUGCCCUGAGUAGUCACUCACAUUUACUACCUCUACUUCCAUUAUCCUAGUCAGUAACCUGAGCAUUCACUCACUGCCCCUUCUCCCAUUGCUUACCCUGGUUACCCACCUCCCAUGCCCAGUCUUGUAUUGCCCCUCCUGUUGAUUGGCACAUCCCCUCACUGGCUGCAGCUCUAGCCGGGUGUUACCCGAACACCAGAAGGAUGGAGGCCACAGUAAAGAGGCAUCAUAACAACUCCUGAUGUCUCCAGCAUUUUGGAUAGAAAUUCCCUCGAUUCACUUUAUUACGGUUGUGGCAUUUAAUAACACUCUUGUCUUGUUAUACAAUUGCAUUAUAACUAUUUAUAUCCAUAAAAAUUAAAAAACCCACAUAGCAGCUCAGAGUCAAGAGAAAGUUUAAAUGCACCAUUUUUUAUAUCUUUCAGUUUAUGGAGCAACCAAGUUCCAACAAGCACUGCAGAGAAGCUGAAGGAACCAAGAUUAAACUUUGCUUAACCAAAGCUGAAGUAAAAUGAAUAGUUUUAAAAUUAAGGACAGCUUUGAAUGUGGGAAAGAACUGUAACACAAAGUCAACAAACUAACUAACUUCCUACUUCACUCUGAAACUUCCUUGGCAAGUGACGAGGCAUCGAAUAACAUUUUAUCAGAUGUGGUGACUUCUUAGACAACAGAAGAAUCCAAAUAUCUCAGGACUAAGCAUUUAAGCUCAAAUGUGUCAGCUACGAAAUCAAGAGCAAAAUCAGUCUAGACAGACUACAGCACUUAUCUGUAGUGAAAAUCCAAAUUUUAAAAUUGCCCUUUUCAAGGGAAAGAACUGGUGAUUAACAGCAGAGAAAAUACACAAAAAUAGCCAUGUCUAUCACAAUUUGAUAUGGCACUGAGAUAUGUUGUUUUGUAAGCAGGUCCAUGACCUAGAUGAUGAUUGGCCUAACGUUUAACGCCAAGGGUACAAACGAACACAUCUAAAUUUACAAAUAGGUCACUUUUGGUACACAAUUUUGGUACCUCCAGUAAGUUGAAAAUUUGGAAUGUAAAUAUUCCGAUUAAUGUUUUAGAGUUUGAAAUCAAUUAUAUUGCAUGCUUCGUACAUUUGUGCGACAUAGCACUGAUUGGCUGAAAUUCAGCUACUUCCUUGCUGAUUUUAAUGUGAGCGAUAUGAGGGAAGAUAGCGGGCAGGUGAAAUGCUUUACGGGUGAGAUUUUUGUAAUGUAUAUUGUAAAGUUUGUUUGUGUUAUUUUUUUGUUGUUGCACAUUUUAAUGCACUAUCUGCAUAAUGCAGAAAGAAAAUGGGAGAACAGUUUGACUGUGGGACGUCUCUUUAAGGUGUGAAUGUGAGGGCGCAUGCACACAAUCUAGGUGGCCAUGAUCGCACGAAUUAUAACAGCUGCUGUACAUUAAUAUGCACCCAGAAAAUGAUGGACUGAUGAGGAGUAGCCCAGCCCUAUCUAAAAUAAGUGUAGAAAGUUUGUGUCCAUGCAGAUUUACAUCAAGUAUAGGAACAUCCAUUUAUUAGUGGGAUUAUUAAAGGUUUCCAAAGAAAUAUGCAAAAUACUUAAUAACAUUCACUGUAGGUUAAGGUCAUGUAAAUGACCUCAAAUUAUUAAAGGGACAGUAACCUUGAUAUUCAAUAUAUUGUUAUUUUCAAUGUGGCACAAUACCUUGGACAUACCAAGACUCUAUGCCCAGUGGAGGUCACUCCAAGGUACUUUGAUUACAAGAACGUGGAUUGAGUGAAUUCACCAAGGUAUGUUGACACCUAUUAGUUCUGGAAAUAUAUCUAACCAUAUAGCGGUGCAACAGAGCAGUUAAUUGUUAAGGGGGAUAAGAGGUAUUUCCAACAUUUUCCAAUCACUGCAGUGGGAUCAACAGGAUCUGGUCUCUGCUCAAACAAUAUGAGAGACCGCAGUGGUGUGGUUAUCUUCCAGUGGUUCCCAUUAUAAGCUUCAAGGUGUGGAACAGCCCAGGUUUUGUCAGUAUCCCUACUGGAGCUGAAUUGGGAAAUGCCUUAAUUCUGGGCUGUUGGUGUGCUGUGGGAUCUGGGUUAUGAACCACUCGGUUCAAUCAACCUAGAAUUAUUCAGUAGAUGCUCUUGUCCUGAGUGAUUCAUGUCACAGAAGCAACCCUGUCACUUUGCAGGUUUUGUUUUUAAAUUAAUCUUGUUUAUUCUGUCUAUUUCUCCUUGUUUUUGGUUUAGUUUUUUUUUAAAUUUACCUUAGUUUUUCAGUUAUGCAUUAGAAAAAGUAGAGACUCUCAAGCAAAUGGUUCAAUGCAAUGUUCCUCGUAGAAGAGCAUUGGGAGAUGAUGCGCAUGCGCAGUGAGUGCCGCGCAUGCAUCCAAAUGCUUCUCAUAGGAGAGCUUUCCUAUGAGUUGCAGCAACAUGUGACAGAGUUUCACUUGCUCAUUUUAGAGGAAGCACCUCUAGUGGCAAUCAGCAAGACAGACACUAAAAGUGUGCUUAACCCUGUAAUGUAAACAUUGCCGUUUCAACAAAACCACUAUGUCUUACAUUGCAGGGUGAAAACUGCAGGGCCACUACACCACUACCACUUCAUUGAGAUGAAGUGGUGUGAGUGACUUAAGUGUUCCUCUAAGUUGUUGAUAUAUAACCAUCCCCCUUUAUUUUACAUGAAUUCACAGAAUACUCUGCCAGCUGCAGCUUCAAAGAGGGUUAUGGGCAUUGUAGUUUGAUAGCAGCUGUAGAAUUAUAGUUUGGUAUGUCAGCUGUAGCGACAGGUAGAGGAACAGCUCUUAUUGUUUUGUGAACUAGGAGUAGGGUAGCUCGUAUGCCUGCCAAAUUGUACACAGUAAGGCAAAAAAAAAGAAAACUGGGCGUUUGUUAUAACUAUAAAAAACAAAGUUUAACAAACAAAACUCAACAAUGGAUACUGUCCCUUUAAAAUUGAAAAUACAUUUUACAAUUUAUGAGAUACUUGAAUAUUUUACUACUGAUUUUUUGUUUUAAAAAUAGUGUUAGAGUUGUGCUAAAUGUGUGUUUUUAUGAUGUUUAAUUCUUGAUGUAAUUUAUUUUUAUUUAUGCUACAUGUUCUGCAGUGCAGAAAUGGUUGUCACGUAGGAACAAAACCUAUCUCAUUACGCAUUUAUUUAGCAUGGUUGUUCAAAUCACAAACAAACAAAGUCACCUAGUAAAUCUGCAUGGUACAUGUAAGUUUAGUUUUUUUGUUUUGUUUUUGUUUAAUUCCAUUAACAGGUAGAGGGCACAAAAUAAUUCCCUAUACACAAUGGGAGGAAAACAUAUUGCCAAAUAUGUAUUAAAUGACUUGACUCCAUCCACUCAUUACGUGGCACUCUAUUUAAAUAAAAUUACACUAAAGAAUAAUUAACUGGGAUCCAUGUGCCGUGUAAUUAUGACACGGAUGAGUCAGAGCAAAGAUCUGUGCUAACAUUUGGGCAUCUGAGAAAAAUACCCUGUGGGUUCAUUGUUCCCACCAUGGAUCUAGUAUCUUAUCCCAUUGCUAAAGUCAAUGCUGCUGGCCCUACCAACUGGCAUAAUUAUAAUGGAUGAAGGGUAUUAACAUGACACAAGAAUCCAAAGAGAACUAUGACCUGGCACAGAUUUCUCCCCGUUGGAUUUCCAACAUGCUCUUUUACAGACUAUAUAAAUGUCAUAGAUGGGUGCACUUAUUCUGUAUUACCGUGGAGCAUGUAAACAAGAUCUAUGUCCGCUUUCUGUGAUAAGUCAUAGAUACAAUAUCCCAUUUUCUCUCCCCUGAAAUAUAAUAUGUAAGGUUAUUCACUAAAGUGAGAAGUUAGGGUGAAUUCAAAUUUAAAGGGACACUAUAGUCACCAGAACCACUACAACUUAAUGUAGUGGUUCUGGUGUCUAUAGGCUGUUUCUGCAGGCUUUUCAGAGAAAAGAUAGAGCUGCAUUCAUUCAAUGGAUCUCUGUGAGGAGAUGCUGUUUGGUGAAGGGUUGCGUUGUGCCACGCAUGCGCAAUAGCCUCCCAAAGUUUGAUGAUCUCACCUAUGGAGGUGGAGCCAGCCUCGUAAAAUCACCUUUCCUAUGCAGUGCAAGGGGGCUGAAGACCUAAAUAGUUAGAUUAACACGACAAUGUCAGGAAUACAUGUUUCUAUCCCUGAUAGUAUACUGUUCCUUUAAGGUUGAAAUAGUUUAACUAGAAAAAUUCUCAGUUUUGUUUUCAGGUCGGCUUCUCGAUCUGACCUUAAAUUUGAAAUUCACUUUAAAUUCUAGUAAGUAACCCUGUACAAUAUGGUGUUAAUGUCCCUGAUAGGAUGUGAUAUGAUCAGAACAUCUUAUUGGGAAUCUUGUUUAGCUUGUGGAAAACACAUAACACUUAAAGGACCACUAUAGGCACCCAGACCACUUCAGCUUAAUGAAGUGGUCUGGGUGCCAGGUCCAUCUAGGAUUAACCCUUUUUUUUAUAAACAUAGCAGUUUCAGAGAAACUGCUAUGUUUAUAAUAGGGUUAAUCCAGCCUCUAGUGGCGCUUGCGUGCUUCUCACUGUGAAAAUCAAUGUAAAUGCAUUGUAAAUGCUUUCCUAUGAACUGGCUGAAUGCACCCGCGGCUCCCGCCGCGCAUGCGCAUUCAGCCGAUGAUGUCACUAUGGAGGAGGAGAGGAGGAGGAGAGCUCCCCGCCCGGCGCUGGAGAAAGGUAAGAUUUUAACCCCUUCCUCUCCCCGGAGCCCGGCGGGAGGGGGUCCCUGAGGGUGGGAGCACCCUCAAGGCACUAUAGUGCCAGAAAAACGAGUAUGUCCUUUAACUCUCCUAUACACUAUUUGCUUACGACCAGAGUUGGUCACCAAGCAACACAAAUAAUUAAUUGCCCUGUUUUCUUUUUAUCUACAGAUGUUUGUACAAUUCUGAUUAUGGUGAGAUUUGGUCUUCCUUUUUUUUUACGCAUCCCUUAAAUGUAGGGCUUUUCAUUGUGCAGUGAAUAUAUUACUGUUUUUUUUUAGGGUGGGGAAUGUUUGGCAUCCCUAUAAAAAGCUAAAAUUGCACUGAAUAUUUAAUGUUUCAUUAGUCUAUCCUCAGAGGAUCUUCCAACAUCAGAAAAUUUCAAGGUCUUUUUGUGAAGGUCAAGUGCUAUAUUUGUGAAAUGCCUGUUCUAAUUGUGAAAUGCGUCAGACAGGUGCAGUGUGCUCACUCCUUUUCAUCUGUGAAGACUUAUGUAUGCCAAAUAAUGCUGACAAUAUACCUUAAUUAACCUUAAGAAGAAGUGUCCCUUCAGGGUGUCAGAUCCUGAAAUCUUCAAUGUUGAUGAUCCAUCUUAGAGACUCUAAAAACCUGUAUUGUUGUGUAUAUAUAUAUUUUUUAUACUUGCAAAGUCUUUUGUAAAUAAAUUGAUGAAAAAAACAAUCAUUUUGUG